AUGUCUAGCAGACUACUGAAAAAGUUUUUAAAAGAGAAAACCAAAGAUGAAAUUAAAAAAAUUAAUGAAGAGGAAGAAGAAGAAACUUCAUCUUUAAAAUUAGCGGAAAGGAAAAAAAAGAAAAAUGCUUUCACUUAUUUAAUGUCAUCAGAAAGUGAUGACAGUGUAAUAAGCCACAAUACAAAUGGUGAUAUAAAUAAUGAUGAAGGGAAAAAGAAUAUUGAAUAUACGAAUUCAACAAGGAAACAAAAAGGAAAUAAAAAAAAUAAUACAUUUGAAAAAAAUAAUACAUUUGAAAAAAAUAAUACAUUUGAAAAAAAUAAUACAUUCGAAAAAAAUAAUACAUUCGAAAAAAAUAAUACAUUUGAAAAAAAUAAUACAUUUGAAAAAAAUAAUACAUUUGAAAAAAAUAAUACAUUCGAAAAAAAUAAUACAUUCGAAAAACGACUUGAUAACGAUUUUGAAACAACCCCAAAUGUGGAAGAGAAAAAAAAGAAAAAGAAAAAGAAAAAAAAAAAAAAAAAUGUGGAUGAUGAAAUAUCCAAUAUAUUAAAUGAAAUAAAUAAAGAAGGGAAAAAAAAUAACAAAGGAAGAAAUAAUUUAAAUAAUCAUAUAUGUAAUCAUCAUCAUACAGAUGAUAAUCAUGUAUAUAACAAAAUUAAUGUUUUACAAGGUGAAGAGAAAAAAUAUUUUAUGAACAAUGCUUUAGAUAAUGACAAAAGUAAGAAUAAAUGUCAUAAUAAAAAUUAUUGUAAUGAUAAUUGUCAUAAUCAUUAUAUUCAUGAUAAUAAUGAAGAGGAAUCCAUGGAGCUUCAACUUUCUACAUGCACACAUGAAAAAUAUGAAUACUGCUUAAAAUUAGAAAAAAACAAUUUCGAUGUUAAUGUAGAAUUAAAAAGAAUAUUUGGUAAAAGUUUUGUUAAAGAAAAUAAGUAUAUUCAGAAAAGCAAAAUAAAAUAUUUGAAGAAUUGGAUAAUUCAAGAUUUUACAACAAAAAUAGUUCAACCACCUUUAUCUAUGAUAUAUAAAGAUAAUCAAUUUAAGAUUGAAAAAAAUAAAUUAUAUUUAGAUGCUGAAAAUUUAUUUUAUUUAUUAUUAGAUACUCAUGAUAUACAAGCAAUGAAUGAAUUACUCAAAAAAUAUCCAUUUCAUGUUGAUACAUUACUUGUACUAGCCGAAUAUUAUAAUGAAACCAGAAACUAUGAAGUUGCUAAUAAAUUUAUUAAAAUGUCUAUUUUAUUGUUACAAAAUAUUUUUCAUAUUAAUUUCAACCCAACCUUUUUAAAUAAAAAUUUUAAUAUUUUUAUUAAUCCAUAUAUAUAUGAUAAUAAAUGUGUAUUCAAAUCUUUGUAUAUGCAUAUGCUAUCAUUAGAAAAUGAAGCUUGUACAAUUACAGCAUUAGAAAUCGCAAAACUUUUAUGUAAAAUAGAUCUAGCAAAUGAUUUAUGUAGUAUAUUAUUAAGAAUCGAUAAUAUUAUUUUGAAAUGUAAUUUAUAUGAUUUCCUUUUAUAUUUCUCCUUUAAUUUUAUAAUACAAAAUAUCCAAUCUGUAAUACCACCUAACACAUAUGAUCAAAUAGUAACCUCCUUAAUGAACCAACAAAAUAAAAUCCCGCCGAAGCACAUCGAAAGCAACCUACUUAAAAAUAACAUGGAUAAUAUAAAUAAUAUUAAUACAGAAAUUCAAGAACAUAAUAUAAAUAACACGAAUGUAGAAUCCAAACAUGAUCAUAAUAUUUCUUCAAAUAAUGAAAUGUCAACAAACAAAAAUCAAUCAUCUACACAAACAAAUAAAAAUUCCUAUAAUUCAAAUAAACAACAAAAUACACAUACAAGUAAUUGUAAUGAAAAUCAUAUAUUAAAAAAUAAUUUGACAUCUUCAUCACAACAUUGUGAUAUUUUUACAUAUGAACAAAACAAACAAUCUAUUAUUAUGGAUGGACAAAACAAACAAUCUAUUAUUAUGGACGGACAAAACGACCAAUCUAUUAUUAUGGAUGGACAAAACAAACCAUCUAUUAUUAUGGAUGGACAAAACAAACAAUCUAUUAUUAUGGAUGGACAAAACAAACCAUCUAUUAUUAUGGAUGAACAAAACAAUAUAUAUAUUUUUAAUAACUAUGAAAUUAGAUUACAUUUCAUACUUCCAAAUUUUGCUUUUGCUAUACCAAUGUCUUUAUAUUUAAAAAUUAAUACUCUUCUUAAUCUUGACGACAUCAAACUUAUUAAAAAGGAUGAUAUAAUUAAUUCUUUCUCAUAUGAAGAAUGUAAAUAUUUGAUUCCACAUUUUAAUAUAAGUUUUAAAUGUUAUAAAUCGAAUCAUCAAAUAAAUUAUACUGGAAAUCAAACAUGUCAAAACAACAUACAUGAUACAAAACAAAAUCAAGAUAAUAACCAAAAUUAUUCACUUUCCUUCUGUGCACAUUUGUUUUUAAUUAGAGCACUCCUACAGUAUCCUUGCUUUUUAAAAACCUUUCUUAAUUAUAAUAAUUUCAAGGCAACAAAAAUUGUAAAACAAACAAUCUAUAAUUAUCUAUUCCAGGAUAUAUUAGCAGCUCCUCCGUUUUCAAAUACCCAACAAUGGAACCAGGAAGAAUAUGAAAUUGUACAAAAAAUUGUAUCGUGCUUUUUAGAAAAAAAUAAUAUUUAUUAUAAAUCAGAAAAAGUUAUAACCUGGUUACAUGUGUGCAGUAGUUUCAUCCACGAGAUGUACAAAGACAAAAAGGUAUCUCAAGAAAUUGACGAGGUAAGAAAAGAGUACUGCCAAAAGAUUGCAUUAUUAGAUAUAAAUAAAUAUAAACAUGUUAGAGUUGGAGAAUUCAAAUCGCACAAUUAUUUACUCCCUGAUUUUUUAAUGGAAAAAAAUAGAUCAUAUACACCAAACGUAACUAACACAGCAUCAGAUUAUUAUAUUUCUUUAAAUAGCAAUUUGUUAAUAGCCUUUUUUCAGAGUUUGCUACCUUGGUAUCAAGUAGAUUAUAAUGGUACAAACUCCAGACCUGUCUAUUUCUCAACGUUAUUAAGAACAACCAUAGAUAAUAUCAAGCAUUUUUUUAAUUGUGAAUAA